AGGAGGCAAGCCGACGUCACUGUCGUCACCUAUGCAUGCAAAACAAAAUUGGAGCAGUUUUGAGAUUGUGGCAGUCAGUCGGACAUGCGGUGAUUGUUGUAACAAGUCGGUGUAAUACCCUACGUGUAAAUCCCGUUGGUACGCGAGUAAGCAUAGCUCGGAAUAGUGAUAUUUAAAGGACGACGUUCGUUUAUCACCGUGUUAAAGAAAGUGUCGAACUGUCGGUUGAAAUUGAUCGCUCUCCGAGCCCUCGGCGCGCGGACGUUCUAGGCGCGUUCAUUCAUUUCACGCGUUCAUUGUUUAUAAAAGAAGUGGCCAUGCAAGAAAGGGAUAAAUCGGCAACUCGCGGCGGGCGGCGGCCAUCUUUUAGAUGAGUUUUUCUCCUUUCUUCCUCUCUGAUAACAAACGGUGCAUACACACGUCCGCAAUUCGAUAUCCUUUAACAAUGCACGUUCUCACAUUGAAAUGUUUCCGUUAAUCCGUGCGCGUGAUCAUCAUCCCCUAUAAUCGUCCAUUACCGUCUUCGUCUUCGUCGUCUUCGUCGUCGUCGUCGUCAAUUCGAUAAAAGUAGCCCAAGGAGAGACGGCAACGGCAAAGGGAAGAGGGAAUAAACGCGGGUUGCGACGUGAAGAGAGGAAACAAAAAUUACCCGUGGGAUAAGAAGAACGUGAAGUGUGCCGUUUGUGUGUGUCUGAGAGCGAGAGAGAGAGAGAGAGAGAGAUAUAUACGCAUAUAGAGGAAAAGAAAUUCUAAGAGCGAGAGAGAGAGAGAGAUUGAGAGAAAAAAGGCGUCGGUAAAGAGAAAUUUUUAGGAAGUAAAGUCAGCAACGAUCGCGAGAGUUGACGAGGAGAGGUAAGGAAAGGAAGUUGGGUGGAAAACGGAGAACAUCAAAAAAAGAAACAAAAGAGAGAGACGUAUACCUAAAAGAGAGGAGAAAAAAAACAAGGACGGACGGUGAGAGAGAGAGAAAGAGAGGAAAAAAAAACGAAAGGAAAAAAGAAGGAAAAUACCUACAUAUCCCGUCUGCCGUGGGGUGGUGGUGGUGGUGGUGAAGGAUAGGAAAAAUUUCCUACUCUCAAACUUUACUCCUUGUUACCCAGUGUCUAAAACAAUGUCGAAUUUCGUUUUCGUAACGUGGCUAACCGAUAUCCCCGGCUACGGGAUGUUCGCUGAGGAUCAGCGCGAUCCGUCGAAAAAUUCCUAUUGAUCGUUCGAUAACCUCAAACUCUCAUGAAACUCGUUGGCAAACGACUACAUAGAUAGAUAUAUAACGUAACUACUGCACACUUGGGAGGGAGGGACGGACGGGCCCUAAACUCGGGGUGUUCGUUCGUCGGUGAAAUAUUGUUGAAAAUUAUUCGCGUAGCUACGUUGAACUACUCGGUAUAAAAUUCUAACAUAAGCCGAUUCUUCAUAUUAUUAAUCGAAGUGAAUUUGCGUGCGUGUGUUUGUGUGUGUAUACGUGUUACGUUAUAAACAGGCUGCUCUCGGUGAAAUAUAUCUGACAAUUGAUGAAAGAUGUAACACUUCCAUUUAAAAUAUAAUAUCGUGAAAGUCGUAUACGCCGAUGAUUAAUAUUUAUAAACGGAUAUUCAUAUCCUGAAGCGUUGAAGGAAACGAGCUGAAAACGUUUGAAAAAGUGCGUAAAAACAAAAGAAACGCAAAACUGUUCGAUCAAGGGCUUGGGAACGAUAUUUUUCUGUUCCUCAUAACCUCAUUUUUCGAUCAGUUACCACGUAUUUUAUCUUAUUUCCGUUACUACAUCAUAUUGGAGAAGAUUUUGGGGAAUUUUUUUUUGCAUCGUCGGAUUCGUUACCGACACAAGAGAAGCAAGUGCUCGUCGUCGAGGAUAAUCAGACAACGAGAAGAGAUAAGUAACGUGGUGAAGUUAAGUACGACGCUGUUGACCAUUUUGUUGCUGUAGUGAAAAUGUUCAUAGUCAAAUAUUCUAUCGGCCAAAGUGUAGCCCUGAUGUAUUCUUUGCGAGUUUGUAAAACGACCUGUGUUGUGAUAUAAGGUGGUUCAGCAGUUCGGAUAUUGGUGGUUGUGUGAAACCGGUGCCAAACUUUGCCGAUGGAUAAACAGGGAUGACUGAUAACUGCUGGAACUCUGGUGGUGGCGCUGGAGUCAAGAUGGAGCACUUUCAAGCUGCCCUGGACCCCAGGAAGCAGGAAUUGCUGGAAGCCCGUUUUCUCGGAGCCAGGGGUGCAGGUCCGAACAACAACGCGUCUGCUACGAAAAAUGCUGCUGUUAACAGCACGCAAUCCCCAUCAUCGGUAUCGCCGAAUCCUGGCAGGUGCGGGCAGCCCACUGCCUUGGGUAUAGACUGGACUCGACGCGACAAUGCCCCUCCUCGUCCAGAUCACAGGAACUCGUCCUCGUCUACGAGUCAAGUCCAGGGUCAGCUAUCUCAGAUGUCUGCUGGAUCACAAAUUCAGAUGGCACCCCAAUCAACUGUAAACUCUGGUCAGUCGGUUCAUAGUCAAGACUCAAACAUGAGCACCGGCUCGUCGCAUAGUGACAAGGAGGUGGACCCCAAUACUCCGGAGAAGGUGCCAAGGACUCCGUCGGAAAGGAAGAGAAAACGCAAGUACCCGCCGUCGCCGCAGCAAUUGUUGUCGCCUCAAGUAACGACACCGAAUUCUUCGGUGGCGGAAUUUUCGUCGUUGAUGCAGCCACCGCGACCCCAUCCACAGCCUCCACCUCCCCCUCCACCAGCCUCUACACAACCUGCAAGCUCGAUGGUCAGCAAGCAGGUGCAGGUAAGGCCUACCAACCUCCCUAGGACAAGCCAGGUCAGGCAAGCGAAGACUAACACCCCAAAUACGGAGCUUACUUGCCAGAGGAUACAGGAAUUUGAAACACAAGCGUCUUCAGAUCUGGAGUUACGUAAUAAUAAAAUUGACGAAUUGAACCGAACUACAGAGGAACUUAGGCAUCAAAUGGCUAAUCAGCAGAAAGUGAUUGAGCAGCACAAAUCGCAUAUAAAUAAGUGUAUAGACGUUGUAAAGAAGUUAUUAAAAGAAAAAUCAAACAUAGAAAAAAAAGAAGCUAGACAAAAGUGCAUGCAAAAUAGACUGAGGCUAGGUCAGUUUGUGACUCAGAGGGUAGGAGCAACUUUUCAAGAAAAUUGGACGGACGGAUACGCUUUUCAAGAAUUGGCGCGGCGGCAAGAAGAAAUAACGUUGGAAAGAGAAGAAAUUGAUAAACAGAAGAAAUUGCUUCUGAAAAAAAGGCCAUCUAAUAGUGAGACGGGACGGAAACGGAGCCAACCUCAACCUUCUUUGCAUAAUGGUACCGAAGCUACGUUUCUGAAGCCGGACGCUGUGCCAGGAUCGUAUACGUGGCAGGAAUACUACGAGGCUGAUGAAAUACUCAAGCUGAGGCAAAGUGCACUGAAGAAAGAAGACGCAGAUCUGCAACUGGAGAUGGAGAAGCUUGAACGAGAACGUAACUUGCAUAUUAGAGAACUGAAACGUAUACACAACGAGGACCAAUCGCGCUUCAACUCUCAUCCUGUACUCAACGAGCGAUACCUUUUACUCAUGCUAUUAGGCAAAGGCGGCUUUAGCGAAGUCCAUAAGGCAUUUGAUCUGAAGGAACAACGCUACGUAGCGUGCAAGGUACAUCAACUUAAUAAAGACUGGAAAGAAGACAAAAAAGCUAACUAUAUAAAGCACGCGCUGCGGGAAUACAAUAUACACAAGGCACUAGAUCAUCCACGUGUUGUUAAAUUGUACGACGUGUUUGAGAUUGAUGCCAACUCGUUCUGUACAGUGUUAGAGUACUGCGAUGGUCAUGAUUUAGACUUCUACCUCAAACAGCAUAAAACUAUACCGGAGAGGGAAGCGAGAUCAAUUGUCAUGCAGGUUGUUUCUGCACUGAAGUACCUCAACGAAAUAAAACCACCUGUCAUUCACUACGACUUGAAACCAGGAAAUAUUUUAUUGACCGAAGGAAACGUGUGUGGCGAAAUUAAAAUAACAGACUUUGGAUUAAGUAAAGUAAUGGACGAAGAGAAUUAUAAUCCGGACCAUGGUAUGGAUCUAACCUCUCAAGGGGCUGGUACUUAUUGGUAUCUGCCACCCGAGUGUUUCGUAGUUGGCAAAAAUCCUCCAAAAAUAUCGUCGAAGGUUGACGUGUGGAGCGUCGGUGUAAUAUUCUAUCAGUGUCUCUAUGGCAAAAAGCCCUUUGGUCACAAUCAGUCGCAAGCAACAAUCCUUGAAGAAAAUACAAUACUAAAAGCGACGGAAGUACAGUUUGCCAACAAACCGACCGUGAGCAACGAAGCUAAGAGCUUCAUUAGAAGCUGUCUGGCAUAUAGAAAAGAAGAACGUAUAGAUGUGCUGACGUUAGCUAGACACGAAUAUCUACAGCCUCCGGUACCAAAGCAUAACCGUCAGGCAAACAGCCAGCAGCAGCAGCAACAGCAACAACAACAAAUUCAGCAGCAACAACAGCAAACGUCGUUUACCACUGGCAUGUUUAGUGGUAUGAAUGCAUCUAGCAGUUCGUAGUGGAACACGGACUAGAAUACAUAUAACUAAUAAAAUAACAAAGAAGAAAAAAUGAAAUAAAUUAAAAUAAACGAAAUUACAUGCCAAAUCUUUAAUGAUGAGCUGUUGCACGAAGCCGCCGUCAUCUCAAGAAAAUGCCAAUAAGAACAAGAACGAGAAUAAUAACGAAGAACAAGGUUUUUCGUGUGAAAGAAAAAAAUGUAAAUAGUGCAGAUUUCCGUUGUAGCUAUACCGUAUAAAUUAAAAUAAAAACCCGCCAGAUACCGCAAGAAUAUUGUGCGGCCGGUGGUUGUGAGUCCGGGAAACUUGCGUCUCUUUGCAAACAACGCCGAACUACUUCAGCAUUCAGCAUGACAAAAAGAAGAAGGGAAGAAAGAAGUUGUUAAAAAAAAAAACAAAAAACAAAACGUGUUCGUAAAUAUUAAUUUCUAUUUAUUGUUCUUUGUCUUGAAAAGCAGGCUGACUGACACAGUGUUCAAAAUGCGGAAUUUUGCAAGAAAAUUUACAGACGGAUAGAAAAUGUGAGAGCGAGCGGAAUAAAUAGAGAGGAAGUGUGGGUGAGAGAGAGUGAGAGAGAAAUAUAGAGCGCGAGAGAGAGAGAGAGAGAGAGAGAGAGAGAGAGAGAGAGAGAGAGAGAGAGAGACGAAUAUAAAAAGAAAAUCAGAAUGAGAGUGAAGGUGCGAGAUGAAGAGAGACAAACAGAUAAAUAUGUGAUAAGUCAUUGUGAAUUAAAGUGUAGUUGACUAAAAAUUUAGUACGGAGUCAUCUGGUGGAAGUGCUACUCGGUGAAAAGAUUAUUGAUGAAAGCAAGACGAAUCCUUGAAUGCGUGAGUGGUCAGUUGGAGAGGGUGGGAGGUUGAUUUCUUAUUUUGUUUUUUUUAUAUAUACUAAAAAUAAUGACAAUGAGAAAAACAAGAGAAUAAUGAUAAAAAUGAUUUAAUGAGUACCGAUGGAGCGACAGACUCCUUUACCUAAAAACGGAACGGUUCCUCUCUUCUAACUUUAUGUAUAUGCGUGAAUGGACGACGAAAGAAAGACUGUGUUGUUAGUUAAGCGUGCGUGUACAUAAUUUAUACUGUAUACAUAUAUAUAUAUACAUAUACAUAUAUAUAUUUAAUAAACGUGUAUGCAUACAUAAUAUAUGUAUAAAUAUGUAUAAUAUGUAUAUAUAUAUAUAUAUAUAUACACAUAUGUAUGGUGUAAGUAAAACAUACAAAAGAAACAAGGACGGACAGCAUCGACAACUGUGGUGGCUCUAUCCUCGCAUGACCGCCGUGCGGUUCAAGUAUUCCAUGAAUAUUUGGCCGUACUUCAUGUUACUUUAUUCAAAUAUUAAUAUUAUUACUUAUAUAUAUCAUGAAUAAUAACGAUUAACAAAAAAAGUAUGAAAAAAUGCAAAAAAAAUAUAUCAAAAAAACCAGACAUUAAUACAAAAUACACACUCACACACACACAUGCACACACGUGGAGAGUUGGUUGGUUGUGUUCCUAUUCUGAUGAUACGAUGGGGCUGUCAGCUACAGGAUUAACUUGAGUUUGACACGAAGAAAGAAUUAUACUCCCCAAUUCCCAUGCUACCAAAUUGACAGUAAGAAAAGAAUAUGAAAAAAUCGAGAGGAAUUCUAAAAGUAAAAAAACUGAGCCCCGCUUAUUUCCCUCAUCUCACUUGACCAUCGUCCGCCGCCUGUACCCAAAUCUUGAACUGAAGAUGCGGAGAGAGGAAAGAUAUUCCUCCGCUCACUUCCUUAUAUAGUCAUUCUUGUGUUAAAACCGAUUCAUAUUAAUCAGACCUUUAAAUUUUUUAAACUAAGCAUCAUAAUAAUACUAUAUGAAUCCCCUCAUCAUUAUUAGUUUCUUUACUUAUAAUUUUGUUUUAUAUAUGUACGUUAUAUAUAGAUAAUUAUGAAAUAGGAGACUAAGUUAUUUUAACAAGUGCCCUUGCUUUGUAUUAUAGUCGCGUCUGUCGACAAAUUGCAGCUUUUGGGAGUACUAAAGAAAGAAAGAAGAAAAAGCAGAUGAAGUUGUUAAAAAAAAUGUUGUAACAUGUUGGUGAGACGUAGACACAGCGGCGUGUCUCGCUUGACCAACACGAUUGUCAAACUAUGGUCGGAGGAGAAUACAUUACAAGUCUGAAUAAUGUCUACUA